AUGGAGCUCGAUCAAGCCAUCUCGCUUUGGCGUGGCCGUGCUGCCGACGCCACGUUACUAGGUGCCACGACUUGUGUGUCUAAGGACAGCAAUAGAUUAGUACUACUAACAUCAGCUGAAGACGUGCGCGAGAUCUGCGCCCCCACGCGCAAGUGUAUCAAUCACUGGACCUUCCGAGCUGGUAGUGCACACGCACUGCACGUAGCAGCAGUGCGUCACGCGCACUCGCGCUUAUUCUUUGGUGUAUGUGGAGCGCCUGGUGUGAGUGAAAGUAAGAAGGCGCGUCAGGCCAGGCGGCAGGAGGAUAACAAGACAACAUUACCGGCCAACGAAGGCCUUACGGUCUGGCGCGACACGGACUUGGACGUGGCUAAGUGGAGACGUACGCCAUUGCAAUCGAGUUGCAAGGUAUUUACACUACUUACACAUAUCAAGCUGAAGGAGGAAGUGAUCGUGGUGUUUCAGGACGGCUCAUUCGUCGCAUACGAUGAGGAUUUAAAUCGAGGAGUGCACAGUGAUGACGUCAAAGAGGCAGUCGCAGUAGAAGGAGAUGAAGAUGAAGAUGAUGACCAGGAAGAAGCAGUGGUGUGGGCGUACUUGGAGACGGACAACCGCAGCUCCUUGAAGGGUGGACUCUUUUUAUCGAUCUUGCUGCAAAAGAGUGGCAAGCAAUUAGAGCUUUUGGUGUAUCAAUUUACAUUUCCUAGCACUACGAGACGCAUGGGAGGUGUGCUAUCCGUUAUGCUGCUAAUACGUCAUCGUGUCGUUCUACCGGAUAACGAGGAUCUGUCUUCGUGCGCAUUCCACCCGGAAACUUUCUCGUACUCGCUGAUUGGCCGCUCGGGCUGCUGGCAGUCGCUGCGUUUUUCACGCGAUGCACUGACAAACGCAGUGACUUUGGUAGCUUCUCACCAAAUGCCGAAUUUGGCGUCGGCCGAGGCGGAUUCUUCCCCCGUGCACAAGAAACGUAAACUUCAGGCGGCCAACAAGGCAGGGUCAGGCUACCUGGUGAGCGGUAUUGGCCACGCUACCUACUUGGUUAGUCUAUCUCUGGAUGCUCCCUUGAAGAUCACAGCCUGGGAUUCCAAGUUUGCUGUCCCGGUAUCCAGAACUGAGAUCAAUGUGGCGACGGAGAAUGACAACGAGAGCAGUGUUGUUAUUGGGCGUAGCAGCAAAGAUGGCGUUGGCAAGCCAAUACAGAUCGUUAAUGUAGGUACGGGCGACGCAGUGUUUGCCAUCUAUGAACGGAGUGCCUUCCUUAUUCACGUGAGGAACAAAAACUCGACGCUGGCCAGUGUCCUGGGAGCCACGGCAUCCAGCGAUUUGACAUCGUUAAAGCAUUUAGCGACGCCUGCAAUGCCCAAUAGCGUAAUCCAAUGGAAAAACGUGACUGCGACGAGCAGCGUGAACAACGAUAUAUUGGAUGCUGAGACGUGGAAGUCGAAUAUGUGCAGCGACGACGACAAUGAGCGACAGCUGAUUGCGGAUCUGUUAAACCCGCAAGUUACUGCUACAGCCACUGAGUUCACGAACCGCCUUGAGAAGGCGUUAAUGAAACUGAAAACCAAGCGAACGAAAGGCAAAGACGAAAACGAAAUAUCCUAUCGGUUGCUACAGGCCGUGACUCAACGUUGCUUGAAUUCAACGGACCUGAGUCUGUGGACUACACUCGAGCAGAUGUUGCUUACAGACCGAUUGUCUGCUCGCGCUGAGCCGACACUUUUACCUACUCUGAUGAAGCACAACCAGUUUGCGCUUCUCGAAUGUGCUAUGGUGCACCUUAUCGAUAUCGACGAGCGCUCAAUUGUGCGCUUAUUGAAGUACUUUAUUCGUAAAAGUAGCAGCUCGUCGUUCAUCAAGUUCGUGACAAAGCGGGUCAAGAUCCAAAACAAGAAAACGAGCAAGGAGGUUGAUGCAAUUGCAGCCUGUGAACGCUAUGCUGUCGCGCUUUUGGGUCUACCUACAAACAGUGUGUUUCUUCACCGCGCGAUCCGUGAAUUCAAGCUAGAGGAAGUACUGCUCUUGCUUGCAAUCUGCAAGAAACUGCUGCUUGUGCACACUACUGGAGACGAUGGUGACGACGAUGAGGAGCCAAUUGAAAAGCCCAAGAAGAGUGCAGACAAGACGACGAUUGCAGAGAAAAAGAACGCGACGCACUUUACUCCACUGCCUUCAGCCUCGCACUGCUGUAUGUGGAUUUGUGCGCUGUUGGACGCACAUUUGUUGGCGUUAAUCCAACGUGCGUCUCAGAACUCCGAGAUCUGUCGUACGCUGCACCAACUAAAUGAAUUGGUCCAGCUCCUGGUCCGUACGAAUGCACAGUAUGAAUCUGUCCAUGGUGUGCUAAGCAAUUACUUGUCGGGCGUGCGGCUGCCACGAGCUCCAGGACUUUCUGAUUACACCAUUGAGGAACUCCGGCUGUAA